CAACACACACUUAAUCCUCUCUCUCUCUCUCUCUCUCUCUCUGUUUUUCAUCUCUUAUUACAGUCAGUUUUGCGCUUGUUUCUGUCCGAAAUUGGCCUCAAAUUCAGCCCAUUUUCCAAAAACAGAGAGACUCUGUUUCCCAACAACACUCUGAUUAGCAUUGAAACUCAAAAUUUAAUUAAGUGAAAAGAUGACAAACCAAAAUGUGGUGGUUCCCGAUGCAAAAUCCGGGAUCAACAUGGCGAUAACGGUGGCGGUUUCAGGGUCCUCCCUCUUCAGCUCGGCGGCGCAGAAGCCUCCGGCGGUCCCGGGGACCUACAUCACCAUUUCAAAGAAGAAACUCCUCCAGAAUCUCGACAUCAACACCGGCGCAAGAAUCAACGCCUGGGUCGAUUCCAUGAGAGCUUCCUCCCCCACACACAUCAAAUCUUCUUCACCCCAUCUCUCCGAUGACCACCACAACUCGUGGACCAUGCAUCAUCCAUCAGCACUUGACAUGUUCGAGCAGAUAACAAAUGCCUCAAAAGGAAAGCAAAUCGUCAUGUUCUUGGACUAUGAUGGCACACUCUCUCCCAUAGUCGACGACCCAGAUCGAGCCUUCAUGUCCGACUCGAUGAGAGCAACAGUGAGGAAAGUUGCUAGAUAUUUUCCCACUGCCAUAGUGAGUGGGAGGUGCAGAGACAAGGUGUAUAGUUUUGUACGUUUGGCAGAGCUGUAUUAUGCUGGAAGCCAUGGCAUGGACAUAAAAGGCCCAUCAAAAGGUUCCAAAUACAAGAAAGGUGCAGAAGCUGUUCUUUUCCAGCCAGCUAGUGAGUACCUCCCCAUGAUCGAUGAGGUUUAUAAAGCACUGUUGGAGGUGACUAAAGAUACUCCAGGUGCUAAGGUGGAGAAUAACAAGUUUUGUCUUUCUGUGCAUUUCCGCUGCGUUGAUGAAAAGAAAUGGUCUGAAUUGGCUAAACAAGUUGGAUCAGUGUUGGAGAUGUACCCUAGCCUCCGUCUCACUCAAGGCAGAAAGGUGCUGGAAAUUCGUCCUACUAUUAAAUGGGACAAAGGGAAGGCUCUUGAGUUUCUUCUAGAGUCACUAGGGUAUGCCAACUGCACCGAUGUCUUUCCUGUUUACAUUGGAGACGAUCGAACAGAUGAAGAUGCGUUUAAGGUGUUAAGAGAGAGAGGUCAAGGAUUUGGGAUUCUUGUCUCAAAAACUCCCAAGGACACAAACGCUUCUUAUUCGUUGCAAGAACCGUCUGAGGUGAUGGCGUUUCUACGACGAUUAGUAGAUUGGAAGAAGCUGUCGUUAAGACGGCAAUUCAGGAUAAGAAGACGAUUGGAGGAGAUGAAGAUGUCUUUAUAGGGGUUUUAACGUGUAUUUUGUUGCUAGGGCUAUAAGGGCAAAAUGGUCAUAUGUGACUUUGUAUGUUGUUCUAAUUAAGGGGUAUGGUAAUUAGGGAGGAGGGUAAAAUGGGGAUAGGGGAAAGAGAGGGUAAAGAAAGAUUCCUCUCCUUUGGUAUCUAAGCCCUCGUACACUUUUUUAUUUGUAAUUAAACGUGUACGAGGAUAAAUUUGUAAUUUUUAUAAAAUUAUCUAGUAAAUAUCAGAAGUAUUUUAUCUUC